CUAUUGAUUGAAAAGGAAGGAGAUCGUCUUUUGGAGACGCCAUCUUAAAAUAAAGUGAUAUAAGUUUUUGGUAGCGUAGAGUAUAGUUAAAAUCUAAAGUAAUCUUUGUUAGGGUAUUAGCAUUUGAGCUUAAAUAAUUUAUAUAUUGUAAUACCGAGAAUAACGGACCAAGUUUGAAGUGAAGUGUCGCUGCCCUGGUUGCAGUUGGUGGUUGGUGCGAGGGUGACCUCCUGAUGGUGUGUACAUCGCAGCAUGUCUGCACUCUCGACGCCGGGCGGCGGAGGCACUACGGCGCAGACGAAGCCGACGUCCGGCAAGCAAAAAUAUCAAAAGUUGGAUAUCAAUAGCUUGUACUGCGCCAAUAGAAACGAGAACUCUGAACCGUCCUCAGUAAAAUCUCAACUAAGCCGCAAACAUGGAAUGCAAAGCCUUGGAAAAGUACCUUCGGCUAGACGCCCACCAGCUAAUUUGCCUUCUUUAAAAACUGAAACUGGUCAAGAUCCAAACGCUAACUCUAUUUCUGCUGCUACUACAACUGUAUCUACACCAGCAACAUGCUCUUCUCAAACUAUAACUACAACAUCGAACAGCGGUGUUCUUGCGGGCACGGGCCCAGGCGGAUGGGUGGCGCUGCCGCCGCCCUCGUCGCCACACUUCCGCACAGAGUUCCCCUCCCUGGAGGCUUCGGCUCAACCUUCACAUCGCUCUUCAGAACACUCAGUACCUCAGCCACAACUCAGACCACAAACGGAAGGCAGUUGGACGUGCGGUGGCACGGCCGGCGUUCGCCAAGAAACUACAUCCUCACCCGCCGCCGCGCCCGCCUCGACGCCUGCCGCACAACAAACACCCGCCUUCCGUGCAAUUCUGCCAUCCUUCCUGAUGAAAGGUAGCAACGGUAGCGGGCUCGGGCUGGGCACGCUGGGCACGCUGCGCGACGGGCGCGCCGGCGGCGGCGGGCGCGCGGCCCGGCCUCCGCCCGCCACGCCGCGCGCCGUCGAGGUGCUCACGGCGCGCCCCAUCCUGCGCGACGAGCAGAUCUCCUCGCUCGACAACAUCUCCCGCGACGCCGGCUGGGCGCAAAACGACGACAUUGAUUACGAUCAAAAAUUGGACUUCUCCGACGGAGAGUCGUCUGCGCCGAGCAAGAGUUCGAAUAAAAAUAAUAACCGGGCCAGUAUUGAACCUGAACGCGUGGACGCGAAAGGUCUGGAGCAGGGCGACGAGGACCAGAUUUGGGCGGAGCGCCGACAGAAGCAUAAAAAUGACAUGGUACAGAUAGCGGCCCGCGGGCGCCAGCGCAAGGAGGAGGAGCAGCGGCGGCAGAUGCGGGACUCCGCCGCGCCGCCGCCCAAGGACCGCGAGCCCGACGCGCGCGACAAGGAGCGCUCCGACAACCGCGACAGGGAACGCCCCGACAACCGCGACCGGGAGCGCCCCGACAACCGCGACCGCGACCGCAUGGACGCCCGGGACAAGGAGCGCGGCGACGUUCGCGACAACAGGGACCUCAGGGACAAGGAUGUCCGCUCGGAUAACAGGGAACGCGAUCGCAUGGACAACAGGGACCGGUUCGAUAACAGAGAUCGCGACCGCGACGGCAGGGACAGGGAACGGGACCGCGACCGUGACAGGAUGGACAAUAGAGACAGAGGAGGUCGCAUGGAUAACAGAGAUCGUCAAGAGAGCGGCAAAGACAGAAUGGACAACCGCGACAGAGAUCGUAAUGAUAAUAGAGAACGUAUGGAUAGCGACAGAUUCGACAGAGACAGAGAGCGCGGGGACAGAGACCGAGAUCGCGAUCGCGACCGUAUGGAUAGAGAUAGAAACGAUCGCGACAGAGAUCGCGACCGCGACUUCCGAGAUAGGGACCGGGAUUAUGGCCGCGAUCGUGAUCAAGCCAAUCCAGGUUUCUCGAAAACUUUCCAAGCAAAUAUUCCGCCUAGAUUUUUGAAGCAGCAGCAAAACCGGCAACAAGAAGAUCAACACAAAGGUUGGGCGUUCGCAUCGAAGCCGGCUCCCAGGCGGCAGGAUCCGCCUCCCUACAAUGCGCCUCGGCACGCCGCACACAACGGCCGUAGAUCUUAUUCCAGAGAUUAUUCAGAUCGUGAAGACGACUUCCGAAGAGAAAAAGAUGGACCUGGACCGCAAUGGCGAUCUGAAAUGCAAGAUUAUGACAGGUCCGGGAGAGAUUUGGACAGAUCCAAUUCUAAAGACUCGUAUAAAGACUACGAGUACAAGGACAGGCGAAACGAGUCAGACAGAAAGUCAGUUGACUCCAGUAGCACUAUUGAAAAUUGCAGUAGAACAGCUGCUGACAAGUUGACCGAAGUAUUUGAACGAAAGAGUAUUGGGCUUACCGAGUCAUUUGGAUCUUCAGAUUCGUCAUCCCAAGCGCCAAUCUCCGAAAGGCGCAGUACGCCGCCCUCGAACUUAUCUCAACGCGAGUCAUCGGAAAGAGACUUCGGUAAAACUUCUUGGGCUGAAGUAUCUCAAGAUGAAUCGUCGAGUAAUUACACAGCUUUGAAGGUAGAAAAAGUUGCAUCACCGAAAGAUAUCGACCAGAAUGUCAAAGAGCCUGUAGCACUAGAACCUGAAAUUGACAAUAAGGUGACAGUUUCACAACCGCAGCAACCAGCGCUUCCGCCGCAUGCAGCGCCCGCGCCGCAGCCCGUCAGUACUCCGACUCCUGUAAUGCAACCAAACCUACCCCCCAAAUACAAUAAUCACCCUCCUAGUGGACAAAAUUUCAGCCAUCCACCACAGCUAUCUCAAGGUAUUGCUUUUGGAAAUAACCAGCCCCAACCCAUUCCUUCUAUUACUCAAUCUCAACCUUCUUUCUCUGAUAACACUCAAUCUAUUUCUAAACCUAUAAAUCAAGCACUUCCUAAACCUAAUGAAAAUCUCAUAUCUCCCCAACCACAAAAGCAACCAUCUGACGUAGCUCUGACUGUUAACAAGCCAAUGUUUUCCUCUCAAAAAUCUGAGAAGGAACUUUCAGAGUCCGAAUCUAUAGCAUCUAAGUCUAGUACUGAUCCGACCGGAUUAAUAGGAGUAAAGGGUAAUGAAACACUCUCAGUAGAAUCUCUUCAUGGUAGCAUGGAUUCUCAAAAGCGAUCAGGUGACGAUAAGAGGAAUGAAAGAUUCGGUAAUGAACAACUGAACAAAAUGCCUCUAAAGGAACCUGUAGAGCGCAAGUCUAGUGGAUCUGGAUCUGAAAAGAAGGGAAGGGGAUACGGUAGUGGCGGAUAUGCCGUUUACAACAGGGGUUGGGGACCGAGAGAAUCUCGCGGGCGGCGAUCACAUCGUAGCUCUCGAUCUAACAACAGAGCCAGUGAAUCUGAUGGCUCCACUGAUGGUGCUCCAAACUCCGACCGAAAAGAGAGAAGUAGAGCGCCACGAAGUCCUCGCGGGCCUAAAAAGAGUGAUAGGCCAGAGGAUAUGAACCGUCCGCCUCAGUCUGAUCAGGCUCCGUCGAUGUCGGAUGGAAUGGAAAACAGAGAACCUUUUGCGCCUCGAGGGCAGCCUUCACGACGCGGCCGAGGAGGUUUCCAGGGCGCGUCACGCCCGCCGGCACCUGCUAAAAGAGUGACUGGUUAUGGACCGCCAAACACUAAAAGUCCAUUCAGUCAAGCUAAUAGAGCUGUAAAAGAUGAUGAAGGUAUCAAAGACAAUCUGCUGGUGGACGAUAAAGGUAAAAAUAAUAACAAACCACGUGCCGGCUCGUCGACCGGUCGAGGGCGUGACCGCCGACCCAAAGGUGCCGGGCCCCUUAGUGGUGAAGAUGAGAAUUGGGAGACUACGUCAGAACAUUCCGAAGGUGGUGGCAACAAUGGCCGUCGUCGAUCUAUUGGUGGCAGGCAGUCGGGUCAAUCUCAGAAGAAUCAAGGACGAAACCAAAAUUCUGGUAAUCGACAAAAUAAUACCCGCAACUCACAACAAGGCAACAAGAAAGAUGCGACUGGUGAUAAAAGUACUGAUAUUACAGAGGCUAUGUCUGAUAUGAAGUUAUCAUCUAAUGUCAAGAAAGAAGACGAAGUUGUGGAUGAUGGUUUCCAAGAAGUGAGAAACAAGAAGAACUCGAAGGAUGCAAGAGGUCCACAGUCAAAGGAGGAAAAUCCACAAACUGCCAAACAGCCAAGAUCUCAUUCUAACCAAGGUGGCGGUCGCAACGGUUCAUCCACACGAAACUCUAGUGAUAAAUCCAAUUCUCGUAAUUCAGCACCAACGGCCAGCAAAACGGGGUCACAAUAUGACCGCUCUCGUCAGAACAAUCUAGCGCCCCGUUUUGUCAAACAACGGCAAAAGCAAAUGGGUAUCGUAUCGGGAUUCGGUCCCGACACCGGAGCGGCACCGCCUCCGCCUCCCGUCAAUGCAUGGGACAAGCCUAUAUCGCAGACUUUGCGAGGCAAUGUGGAAGAACAGCCACCAGAAGUGGUCGAAAAUAAGUCUGCACAGUCCAGUCAACGUAGCACUCCAGCAGAUAUUGUGCCUGAAGUGAAACCAGUUCAGCCGGCGACCACUUGUACUAUCGUCGCUGACAAAGCCGGCGUCUUAGACGGGACCACGCCUCCAGUAGAAACUAUUAUAUUUGAGAAUACUAACUAUAAGACUGCCCCACCGGCCGAGGCCUUAAAACAAAAAUAUCAACCCAGCGCUACCACUGCCAAACCGCAAGGAGAAGAGAUCCCUGCGGAAAUGGAGGCUCGUCCUCUACCUUUCAACGGAGACGUCAGACCACGGCCCAGGUCGAUUCAGGAGUUGAUCGGUGAUAAUCCUCGUCCCGCCGCAGACGGGGACGGUGCUCUAGGCAUUCAGAUGACAUUCGAUACUUCGCAAAAAGCGGAAGACUCCUCUGACAUGAAGCUCGACUUCGCUUUCGAUUCGGAUCUCGGUCAACUCACCGAGGACAAGUCUGCCAAGACGCUCGGCCUACCGCGCGGCGUGCACAUGAGCACAUCGAACACAAUUUCCCCAUUGGCGGCGGAUCUCAAUUUAAAAAUCGCCAGCGUGAAGAAAGUUUGGGAAAUGCCCGCCGUGGCCGAGGGCGCCGAGGAGUUGCAGUUCGCCGGUUUCGAGGAGAACAACACCGAGACGGGUGCUCCGCCGAACGUGUGCAAGGUGAAGCCGACGCAGCAGCUGCAGUCGCCGCCGCCGCAGCACUACAACCACGUGGGCUACCAGGGCGGCUACGGCGGCCUGUCGGUGCCGUCGCCGCCCGCCGUGCUGUUCAACUCGUCGCAGCAGCUUCUGGGCUCGUCCCAGCAACUGCAACAGCAGGGCAGUCUGUAUGGUGCUUUCCUGGAUCAAAGUCGUGGACAGUUCGGAGGAUUCCCUGGUACCCCAUACGGUGCCGGAUCGGCUGCUCCGUAUAACUAUCAGCCACCUCCAGACAUGUUCCAAAGCCUUCCGAGCCAGUACAGAAUGGCGGCAGCAGCUGGUGGGGGAGCAGCAUUUGGUCAAUCCGGGCAGCUCGGGAACAGCCCUAGUACUGUUCUCAUCUCAAGCACUUCCAACUCCCUCAUGUCCGCCACUGUCAAGCCUUCGACGCAACAAAUAGGCGCUAUUGGCAGCAAAGGCGGCGGCGUUGGCGGAGUCGGUGGCGUGGGAGGCGUUAACACGUACCAGCAGCAGUACCUCGGCUAUUCCGGGCCGGUGGGCGAGGCGCCCUACUCGCUGCCCGGCCUGCUCCCGCGGCCCGCGCCCCCCGCCAGCUCGUACUACUCGCCCUACCAGCCGCCCGCGGCGCCCGCGCCGACCUAUCCGCUGCAGUUCACGCAACCCGCGCAGUCAGGAGCCUUCGGGUCCCAGUUCCUGUCGUCGCAACUGCAAGUCGCGGCCGCCGUGCAGCAGAUGCAGCAACAGUACCGGACGCCGCUUCAGCAGCAGUACGCGCCGCCGCAGCCGCGCCCGCCGCCGCAGCAGCAGCUCAAGAGCCCGCUGCACGAGCACGCCAACGGCAGGUUCGCGCCGCUGUGCGAGAGCGCGUCGCCGACGCCGAAGGGCGCGGCCAAGCCGCAGAAGCCGCCGCACUCGCCGCCGCACAAGUACCACCACGCGCACCACCCGCCGCACCCGCCGCCCGCGCACACGCCGCACCAGCACCACCAGCACCAGCAGCAUCAACAGCAUCAGCAACAUCAGCAGCAGCAGAUGGUGUCGGGCAACAACGGUCGCUGCGGCGGCGGGCAGGGCGGGCAGGGCAUGGCGCGCGGGGGCCUGGCGCCGCGCUACCCCGCGCCCAUCCAGCGGCCGCACGCGCCCGCGCUGCCGCUGUACCGCGCGCCGCAGCCGCCGCGCCACCACGCGCCGCACCCGCACCACGCGCACGUGCCGCGCCACAACCUCUACUACCACCACCAGCAGCGCAAUGGCGCUGCAGGCGGCGAUCGCGCAGCCGAGGGCGGCGAGGUGGCGGCGGCGGCCGACGAGCCCGCCGAGCCGGCGCCGGCGCCCGACGCGCCGCCCGCGCCCGAGGUGAAGGCCGAGUGAGCCCGCGCCGCCGGACUUCGGCCCUGCCGCGGAACGGCAAUGCUACAAUCGAGUGGACCGAUGGCGCACUUUACGAUACUGCCCACGAACUCCACUUCGUUUUAUGUAUUCAAACAAGUUAAUAUGGACCCUUGGCUUUAUUCUGAAACUAUCGUACUGAGUGUUUCGGUCCGAACAGGCAGCGGGGUGUGAUUUUUUUAACCGAACUCCCUGUAGCGCUCGUGUGCCUCCUCUGCAAAGCGGUUUUCCUAUUUUUGGCUCUGCCAGCCGUUCCCGCUUACGAAAGCAAUUUUGAUGAAGAGACAGAGCUACGAUUACUGACAUCGCCUUGCGGAGUGGGGCCCAUGAUGUGCCCGUGUCGAAAUCUCGGUUUCAACAGGUUCGGAAUGCUCUAGCCAAUGUAUCGUAAUAACUUGUUACUGCUGAAGCCCUCUACGCCAGACUAACUGAAGAUCUUAAAGCCAGUGGAUUUUUGGGAAUCAAUCAAUGAUCUAUCUAAAUCGUCGAGCUAUUUCUGUAGAUCAUUGAUUACAGCGCCCUAAAACCCGUUGGCUUUAAAUCUCGGUCGAUCUGUGAUAAAAGUCCCAUUCGUGGUCAGCUAAUUUGGACAAGGCUCCAAAGCUUCAUUGUCAUUUUCACACGCGCCACUCGUGACGACCGGUGAGAUGGAAGGCGUGAACAAUCAAAGAGAUUGUAUGAACAGUCGACCACCGCGAUUAGUAUAUGUGAUCAUUUGUGGCCACGAUCGAGCGGCUAGUCGCCCCGCGUAGUGGCAGUCUUAGGUUUUCGGUAUUUUAAUUAAGUCGUAAAUUAUGGAAGUGAUUUUUAAGAUUAUUUAAGAUGCGUACGGAUCGACGCGCCGCCCGGGUCCGCCUCGGGCCGGCCCCGGCGUGCUCGGUAGCGUGCGAGAGGCGCUCUGUUUGUAUAUAAAUAUAUUGAUCGGACGGACAUCCGGCUGUCUAUUUGACUGUUAUGUUUAAGUAAUGUAAACGCGAACGGUCGGCGGCCUCGCUGCUCUCGACCGAAGUUAUCGCGAGGACUAAACGUCCGACUGACCGAUGCUGCCUCGAGACCUCUCAUUAGUGAAUAUGUAGCGACGGUUUUUGCAAAACGAAUGUCGAUGCAAUAUAAAUGAAUAAUAAAUGUAAUUCGGAGUGAAAACGAUUGCCCCCGAUAUUGGCCGGCAGGCGCGCGUUCGAACUCCAUGUAUCAUAAUCAAUUAUUAUAUGCGAAUAAAAUUAUUAUGACCGA